CAUCUUCAAUGUAUGUUGAACCUUAAUGUAAUGUAAUGUUAAUGUAAGUACGCACGUGAUGGGGACCCCCCGGGGUUCCUGGUUUGUGCGUUUCUUUCUUCUUCUUUUUUGUCAAUUGUGUUCUAUCACUUGACGCGCAGCACGUAUAUCGAUGUACAAUGCAUAGAGCGAUCAGGGACCCGGUGUCUUUGAGGCCGCCUGGCUUCACACACGGGUCUGCAAGGCUUCAAAACCCCAAACGAAGCACUCCGGUGUUGGAUCUGAAGUGCCGAAUCACCCCUGCCGGUCCUGGGACCAAAAUACUGUAUCUGGCGGAGGGGGAUUUCGACGAUGAGACGGAGGACACAGUCAAUGUCUAUAAGCAUAAGAUAAAGGAUCAAAAUGACCUGGACAAGUUGCUGCAGAGCACUGGAGUGAGUGGGCUGCUUGUCCCCAACACUGGUGAAAAAGUUAGACAUUUUGAAGACAUUAUCAGUGAUGGCACGUACAGCGCAGUCUCUCCCCAAGCUAAGGCUCUAGGGACAGUUCAGACGACGCAGAAGAACAUUGUCCACGCAAAUGAAGACGCAGCAGGGCGGUAUCUGCAGGCUGCUUUGGCUGAUGUGUAUGGCUCAGCUCCCAAGGCACUGGAGCGCACCUUCAAGGACGCCAAGGGUAGGGUCGUGGGGGAGGCAGAUGCGUUGCUGAGCUUGGGCAACACGAUCUACUGGCUAGAUCACAAGAGCGUCAUGACGUCAAGCAAGCUGUUGACAGCUCUGAAGAAGCUGAAGGGCUUCAUAAAAACUGCGCGCAGAGAGAAUAUCCAGCCUUUUGUGGGAAAGGAUUUUGUUCUGGUGCUGGCUGCAGAUCUAUUGGCACAAGACGAGGUGGAUAGGGACACCGUGCUGCAGCUCUGCUUCAACUCUGGCAUCCCCCUGAUCGUGCGUUCUGGAGCCAGCUACAUGCUGCAGCCAGGAUCUGCAAGCUUGGGAAAGCCAGCAUUUGUGUUGUAGUGACUAAUUGACCUGCACGACUCUCUGCGCUGGCUGACUACUGGACAUUUUAAAGAUCACUUCUAAGAUGUUUGAUUUGCAGUGAUGUCAAGCAGCGCAAUUUUGUAAAUAUUCCUGCACUCUC